AUGUGUGAGAAUAUACAGGACCUUAUCAAAGCCAUCCCUGGCCUAGUGCCUGAAAUAGCUGAACAUGUAUCCUCUCAAUUAUCUGGAGGGAUAAGCUACCAGCAUACCUUUCAGACUACCAGUCGCCAACUUUACACAGCCUUUCUCGAGAAUGCCGAUCCAUCCAAGUUCCUCAUCGGCAUUGGAAUACGACUUGCCAUGACACCGUUGACCACCGUCUCUACAGUGAAUUUCCAAAACUCUUAUCACGCGAUGCAGGACUUGCACCACACUAUCAGGGGUACAGAUAUUUCUGAGAUUGCUGUUAUGAGUGUCUUGGUAAAGCUGGCUGCACAUGCUGUAACGCAACCACAUCACACAUCGAAAGAAUCUCAGGAGUUUGUCAAAUUAUGCUUAGCACGGCUAGACAUAUCAGAAACAUUCUUAACGGUCUGUACGGCAACUGAACGAAUCUGCAACUAUGGAGACAGACGACUGUCUGGUGCAAGCCACGAGGUGGCCUGUGGCUUAGUGCUUCCGCGGCGAGUCCAGGUAUCAUUCUUUCUGCAGGACAUACUUCUUUUCCUUAAUGAGGUCCGCACAGUCUAUCUAGUUGGCUUUCAGAGUGAUCGAUUGAGCCUACACAACAUACUGUUAAUCCUCAUCGAAGCUUUUCCAACUCUAAUAGAUGAAUGGUUAAGCAACCACCCAAACCCGAUACAUUUCGAACUUUAUUCACUUCUCGGACUACUUUCUAUGUUGUUGGGCCAUUCCCAGAAAGGGAAUCCGGACUCAUUCUACUAUGCCAUUUGCCUGGCUGUGAAUGAUCUCGAAAGAACAUUGGGCAUAAUCAGAAAGGAAAUGAGCAUGGCCAUACUCCAUGGUGAACUCGGUUGGGAUGGAGCAACAUAUGCCUCUAUAACAUUUGGCGCAUACUUGGAUGACUUACGGAAGCAACUAUUGCACUUGCAAGACCACGCCGACUAAGUGGACUAGUGGAUUAUAUGGCAACCCUUCAUGUACUUUCCUAGAGGCAAAAAGUGUUUCGUGUUCCUGUGCCAUACCUUUGAGAUGGUACAGUGAUGAUGAUGAUGAUGAUGAUUCAUACGCUGGCCCCUCGCCUUAAGGCGAUAUGCAGGGAACCACUAUCUACUCACUAUGUACAUCCAUUAACUGUAGACUAUUACUUUCCUGACGAACUUGGAGCCUCGUCAAGGCCUGUGUUGGCCGUUGCCUGGUGUUCUGUUCUGCCGCCCUCGUGGCGCGCGACUUCGAAAUCUCUGCGACGCCUC